AUGUACCUAGAAGAAGAAAAUAUGCUGAGUUGUAAACAGAAAAGCACUUGGAAUUAUGGAAGAAAAUGAGAGAAAGAACAUGUCUCAUUUUUUCAAAAAAUAAAAAAAAAUGGAUUAAAAAUAACAGAACAUUGAAUGAAGAGAAGUGAGAAAUAUGAAGUCCCCAUUGAAGGCCUCCAGCUAUUUCCCAUCCCCCACACUUCUCAUCUCAGCUGCUCCCAUUACCUAUUUCCCUCUCCCUUUUUAGCCAUUUUUUCCUCUGAACCCAAACACCUCAACUUUCCCUUUCUUUUCUCUCUCCCACAACUACUCAAACUCAAGAGUACUGAGCAGCAGCAGUAGAAGAAGAAGCAGGAAAAUAGCUUAGCUGAAAUAAUGCAAAUGGGUUUAACAGUUUUGCUGCUUCUUUUGUUCUCAACUUUCUUAACUCCCACUUUAUCACAGCGCCAUUCACCACUCAACACUGCUUAUUACAGGCGAACAUGUCCAAGAUUUGAACAAAUUAUGCAAGAAACAACUACAAACAAACAAAUCACUUCACCCACCACCGCCGCCGCCACCCUCCGUCUCUUCUUCCACGACUGCUUCGUCGAUGGCUGCGACGGCUCGGUCCUCAUCUCCUCCACUCCUUUCAACAAAGCCGAACGUGACGCUGAUAUCAACCUUUCCCUCCCCGGCGAUGGAUUCGAUGUUGUUAUACGCGCCAAAACGGCGCUUGAACUUGCUUGUCCUGGAGUUGUCUCUUGCUCAGACAUCCUAGCUGUUGCUGCCCGGAAUCUUGUUGUUCAAACGGGCGGCCCGUUUUAUACAGUGAAUUUGGGUCGGAAAGAUUCCUUUACUUCGAAGGCAUCGUUGGUUGAAGGGAAUCUGCCACGACCCACAAUGCCAAUGGAUCAAAUCAUCAAGAUUUUCGAGUCGAAAGGAUUUUCCAUUGAAGAAAUGGUGGCAUUAUCCGGGGCACACACAAUUGGGUUUUCGCAUUGUAAAGAGUUCAGCUCGAAUCUCUACAAUUACAACAAAACUUCCCAAUUUGACCCUUCCUACAACCCCAGAUUUGCUCAAGCGUUGAGAAAUGCUUGUGCUAAUCAGCAAAACGAUCCAACCAUAUCCGUGUUCAAUGACAUAAUGACUCCCAAUAAGUUCGACAACAUGUAUUACCAGAACUUACCUAAGGGUCUGGGAUUGUUGUCGUCCGACCGUGGUCUGUUUUCAGAUCCGAGGACGAAACUACACGUUGAAAAGUAUAUUAGGGAUCAAAAUUUGUUCUUUAAGGCAUUUGCUUCAGCAAUGCAGAAGCUUAGUGAGCAUGCUGUUAAAUUUGGCAGAAGUGGUGAGAUCAGACACAGGUGUGAUGCUUUUAACAAUUGAACUACUUCAAGGGAGUGCUGAUUAUGUUAUGUAUUUUUGGGUUCGAGUUUCGUUUUUGCAUUUAUUAAUCACUUACAAGAUGAAAGUUAAAAACUUAUUAAUCUGUAUACAAUGUUCUUUUUACCAUUUAUUUAGAUCAGAAAGCUCUCCUUUUGGAACUACUUCUACUACUAGUAGUUGUGAUUAGUGUGAACUUAAGUACAUUAUAUUUGGAAUGGUGUAUACUCUGAAUCAGUGAUUCAGGUGAGAUGCACUUAAGAGGCUGCUGUUUGUUGGUCAAAUUUGAUUCAAUAAGAACCGUAAAUAAAGUUUGCAACUUUAUCA